CUCCUUUUACCCUUCCUUUUUCUCCUUCAUUUCCAAGAAAAAAUCCCAUCAUCCCACCCCCGCCCCACAAUAGAACUCUUUCCUUUCUUCCUAAUUCCCUCAUCCAUACCCACAAUGUUAUGAAUGGUUUAAACAAGCUUGGAGCUGUACUCACGAUACUCUUCGUCUUGUGUGUUUUCGCUCUCAUGGCGGAGCUCGUUUAUGUUCUCUGGCUGCGGAGGAGGUUCCGGCGCCGGAGCGUCAGUGCUAGUGGGGACUCGGAGAUGUCUGCGGCCCAGUUCUACACUCCUUCAAAGGAGCUACUCUACUUCUUCUGCUGGAAGAACCAGUCACGGGUGGAGCCCGCUAGUGUCCCGCCAGAAGAGGAGAAAGAAGGGGCAGAGGGCAGCGAGUAUUCUGCGGAAAGUGAAGCCAAGAGCAGGAGCAGGACGGUUUCUCUAAGAGACGCUUUGGUGGCCACGGUUUUAACUAAAGCCGCUCUAGCCGCCAACUCCGCCGCCGUCGCCAAUGAGGUGGAGAUGGAGGUGCAGCCAGUGACGCCGUUUGGAAGAGGAGAAAGAAGGGGCAGAAGGAAGGAAGAAGACGAUAAAAGCUGCAAUAAAACCCUAGAUCCCCAAUUAUAUUUCACCAAACAAUUUAAGGGCAUAAAAGACUGCUACUACUUCAAUCCAUGUCUUAAAUUCAUAGGCGAGUUGACUGAGUCGUUUGAUGAGUUGACCUUGCAGGUGGACUGGAAGAUCCCUGACUAUCUGCAUCGAGCAGCGGCAAAGAAGCUGAGGAAUUAAAGUAAGGUUACCUUAAUUAAAGAUUUCUUCUCCUUUGAUUCUUUGUAUGAGUUCAUAAGCAGUUUAGUUUAAUCUGUUGUAAUUACUAUCUAGUACAUUGAGUUCUCUAAUAGUCUCCGCUAGCUACUAAGUUUCAGUUUGAUCGGGGUAUAUGCAUGCAGUGGCCUAAACUAUGAUCAUAUAUAGUUUCUUAAUUUUAUUUUUUAAAAUAAGAUAUUUCAUUUCGGUAAAUAAAGUUCAUUUCGCUCA